AUGUUCUUUUCCACUAUCUUGGAGGCUUUGACACAUCAUGCCCUGGAGACUCCCGACAAGGCCGUCUUCACCUGGGUUUACAUCAAAUGUGAAGAGCAGAACAAGAUGACAUUCAAACAGCUGCAAGAUGAGUCGAAUGCUGUGGCUGCUCGACUCCUCAAACUCGGAUCCCAAAAAGGAGACCACGUCAUGAUUGCCUAUCCCUUUGGCCUCGAGUUUUUGGCUGGAAUGGUUGGUGCCAUGAAGGUUGGAGUCAUCCCUUGCUCAAUCUAUCCACCAAAUCCCAAUCAGCUCAAGACUGACAUGCCAAAGUUCCGCAGAUUUGCGGAAGAUGCUGGAGCCAAGUAUGCCCUAUCCACCGGUGCCUUCGCCACUGCCAUGACUGCUGCCGAUUAUGAGAAGUUUGCAGGGGAACCAGAAGACAUUUGCCUCAUCCAAUACACAUCCGGUAGUACUGGUCGCCCAAAAGGAGUCAUGAUCAGUCACCACAACCUAGCUGAGAACUGCAGGGCUGUUGGCAUUAUGGCCAAUGUGGAUUCUUCUACUGUGGCAGCCCUAUGGGUUCCGCAAUACCAUGACAUGGGCCUUGUGGCUGGUGUUAUGACUACCCUCUACACUGGCGUCCAUCUUGUCUUGGCAUCACCCCUGGAUUUCAUUGUAAAUCCAUUACUGUGGACUGACAUGGUGGAGAGAUACCAGGCAAACCUUACCUGCGCCCCAAACUUUGCCUAUGCCUUGCUCCUCAAGCGGUUGGAGCAGGCCAACAGGAAAGCUGACUGGAGUUGCGUGAAGUGUGCCGGGUUUAGUGCUGAACCAACCCAGCAAUGUGUUGUAGAGGAUGUGAUAAAGACCCUUUCCAUCCACCCUGAGCAUGUCUACAACAUCUAUGGGCUUGCUGAGUCUGUGGUGUUCCUCACAGGUGGCUGUGCCUACCCUGACUCUGAGGGGCUUGUCAGCUGUGGAGAAGUAGACUCUUCAUCAGUCAAGCUAAGAAUUGUUGAGGCUGGAAAAGAGGUUGAAGAAGGGCAGGUUGGAAGCAUCUGGGCCCAGUCGCCACGGGUUGCUGUUGGGUACUUUGGACAACCUGAGCUAACUACCGCUAUGUUCAAAAAUACUUUAUCUGGAUAUGAGGGUACAUGGCUGGACACUGGUGAUUUGGGCAAGGUUGUGGAUGGACAGCUUUAUGUAACUGGACGAGUCAAAGAUGUGAUCAUUGUCAACGGAAAGAAUUACUAUCCAAGUGAUGUGGAGCUCUCCAUUGAUGAUCUCUUUGGUGAUGUGAUCCGUCCAGGCAGGACAACUGCCUUCCAGCAUGGUGACGCAAGUGUUGGUAUCACAGUGGAGGGGCGCAAGGAUUUUGACAAGUCAGAAAAUGAAUCCUUUGCAUUCCAGAGAGCCAACCAUGUAUCUCAAGUGCACGGGCUUUUAGCUUCUGCGGUAGUGGUCCUAAAGUUGGGUGUGACACCAAAAACUACCUCUGGGAAGCUGAAGAGAAGUGAGAUCAGGCAGAUAACAAUUGCUGGUGGCUGGAAGAAGUCUUCUAUGAUUUUACAGUUCAAGCGGCAAGGAAACUCUGUUCCAAUGAUUGGUGUUAACAAUACUGUCCUUGCUAAAGCAACUUUUGGUGGACUCCCAGGAAGCACUGAUGAAGCUCAGGCACGAAACCCAGAUCCCAAUGUAGAUUGUGCUGUUGCGGCAUCUGGAGCUACAAACCGAGAUGACUUCUCCACAGGGUAUGGUGAUAUUCUCAUGUCAGUCUUGGAGGCUUAUAUUGACACAUCCAAGACUUGGGCAGAGAAUGGACUCACCUCUCUUGCGAGUGCCGAGCUCAGGAACCAGGUUGAGGAAAAGCUGCAUGUGGUGCUCCCAGUCAACUUUGAACAGCUCUACCCAACACCAAAUGCUCUAUCGUUGUUCUUGUCAGCAUCAAAGAGCACGAGUUUUCCCAUAGAAGAAGCUUGCAAUCACUGUAAACUGUGGAACUUUCCAAGAUCUAGGUUGAGCCAGCCACACCUUGGAAUACUGCAAACCCUGGGAUCGGUGAUGAUUCUCCUUUUGUUUCUCGGUUCCAUUCUUCCUUCCUACUUCCUAGUCUCCUGGGUUAUGGACCACUGUGAAUCAUCCAAAGUUGGGGAAUGCAACAGUCCCUUUGUUUGGCUUCUUUUGCCCCUGUCCUUCCCUCUGUACCUGAUCUCUUUUUCCAUCAUUGUGGUUUUCUGCAAGUAUGCAGUCGUUGGAACAUAUUUGCACAGGCAAAUUGAAAUCUUGUCUUGGGGAUACCUUCAAUGGUGGUUUGUUGACAGACUUUUGGAAGUCUGGGAGUAUUUUGUUGGACAGUUCAUUGUGGAGACAAAAUUCAUUUGGAUCUUCUACUGGCUCCUUGGAGCAGACCUGGCAUGGAGCACCAGGAUUGAAUCCUUCCUCCGGGAAUUUGAUCUUGUGACCAUCGGGGAAAAUGCUGUGAUCAGCCACCCUAUAAAGUGCAGGAAAUUCUCCAAAUCAACAGAAACAGGCCUAACGGUUACCUUCCGACCAAUAUUUGUUGGAAAGAGCUGCCAAGUGUCUGGGAUGGUCAGCCCAGGUGCUUCCAUUGGUGAUGACAGCAAGGUGGAGAAAUUGUCUGUUGUUGAAGAAGGGGCUCAAGUACCAGAUGGAGUACUUGCCAGAGGCAAUCCAGCAUGCCAUGCUGGCUCAUUUGAGCCUUCAAAAUCACGGCACUGGGAAGAAAAUCUGCUGAAUGCCUUCAAGAUUGUAUGGCUUUUCCUUGAAGCAUACCAAUACUUUGCCCUUUCCUUCCUUGUGCAUACCACACUCAACAAAAUCUUGCCCUCCAUUGCCCUCAAGUGGCUUUUGAUUGGGAAGCGAAAUCCAUCAGAGGACUAUGCUGGUUCACUGUAUCGCCGGGCAACCCUUUGGGCCUGUGACUUCCACUUCCGUGUAGCUGCUCGGACUCUUACUCCCUUCAUUGGUGUGACCAAACUCUGGCACGUCAUACUUUUCCUCCAUGGUCUCGAUGUCGAUUUGGAAUCACGUCUCAACAAUCCAUACAGAAUCUUCCUCCCCUCCAAGGUUGACUUUAUCAAGAUCCGGAAGUCCUUUGUGGCUACCAUCUCUCUUGACUUCAGGAAGCAAUCAACUUCCAAGUUUGAGAUCGUCAAUAGUAGCAUUGGUUAUGGUGUCAAUCUUCAUGCUGGCGUCAAGAUUGUGCAGUCCUCGAUCCCACCAAGGCUGGACGUGUCUGGUGAUGUCUACGAUUUGAACACCUCAGGUCGGGCCUCGCAACCCAGCAUAUUUAUGGACUUUGUCCUCCCAGAAGUCACACAGAUAUUCCUGGCUGUGGUGCUGUUUGUCUCCCUCAUACCUUCCUAUGAACUUGGACGAGCUUGCAUGAACAAUGCAACAACUGGUGUUGCUAUGUUUGGUCUUCUCAUGGCUGUCCUUCUGCAGUUGUUUUUAUGGCUUUUAUCCUCCCGUGUUUUUGAGUCAAUCCAGUUGAAUCUUCCAACCGGUGUUCAAGAGAGCACAAUCGGAGCAUAUGUCGCAAAUGUUUGGUUUUUCCGGGUUCAAAAUGUGCUGGAACUACUGCUUGCCGGAACACCCAUGUUUACCUACUAUGCUCACAUAAUGGGAGCUGAAGUGAAUGGUGACUUCUGGUACUUUGGCAAUGCUAUCUAUGAAUAUAGCAAUCUCCACAUUCAUGGGAGCACCAUCGUGGACAGCUCCAGCUUGAAUGGCCACUAUAUCGAUGGCAAUGGACUGACUAUUGAUGACACACACAUUUCUGGUGUUCUGCAUCCCGGUUGCUUUGCAGUUGCUGGAUCAAAGGCAUCUGGUGAGAGUGGUCCAUGGAAAGUUAUCUUGGGUAGGGGUGGUGCCCCAGCCUCCUCUGCUGAUUUUGGGGAAGUCACAAGAUCAAAAAGCAUGAAAGGAGACCCAGAAGUUAAUGUGUAG